AUAUAUCACACCCCUUUGACAAAACUUUAACUUCAGAGUUGUUGAGCUAGCAGCGACAUUAAUUAUUGAGAACGUUCAAUGUUUCUGUUUUAGAGGAAAUUCAAAAAAUUUAUUGACAACGAGUCCAUUAUCGCCUGUCAUUCGCAAUGAUGAAGACAUCUAUUUUUAGAAGCAUCUUGUUGGUGUUGAUCAUGUUAAUACAUGUAUGUCAAGUUGGUGGAAUUGGCGGCAAUGGGGUUGGUCCUUCUCCUGUUGCGUUUACAGCGACAUUGCCUUUAGGUAACACACCAGUGUCAGUUGGAAAUAGAGUCAAAUACAAUCAGGUCCAUUGUGUUACAGGGAAUCCACCUGUCUAUAAUCUCGGUACGGGCAUCUUUACUGUUCCAACAGGUCAAGCUGGUGUUUACUCUGUGUCUGUUUCUAUGAUGUCAGGCUUUCAAAGUUCUCACCUUACUAUGAGAAAGAAUGGAGUGGUUUUGGUGUGGCUAUUCACAAGCAACGAUUACAAUAUGGCAUCCCAAACUGUUAACGUUAAUCUAGCAGAGGGCGACCUGAUUUUUGUACAAAUGAACAGUGGGUCGAGCCUGUUUAGUGUUUAUAACACUUUCAGUGCUGUUAAAGUAGCAUAAACUACAGGUAAACGUUCAAUCUAAAUUAUAAGCAAUUAAUGUCAUUAAAUAAAGUUUGACAUUUA